AUGUCCCCCUCAACUCAUUUCACACUGAACACGGGCGCUCGGAUUCCAGCCGUGGGACUUGGCACUUGGAGAUCUGAACCCGGCCAAGUACGCGAAGCAGUCUCGUUUGCUCUCAAGAACGGAUAUACACACAUUGACGCGGCAUUGAUUUACGGAAACGAGCACGAAGUAGGCCAAGGCAUCAAGGACAGCGGUGUUCCUCGUGAAAACAUUUUCAUUACCAGCAAGCUAUGGAACACACACCAAGCGAAUGUUGCGGAAGGUCUUCAAAAGACACUUGAGGCUCUGGGCACGGACUACCUUGAUCUUUAUCUCAUCCACUGGCCAGUCCGCCUUGUUGCUAACGAAUCGAGCGCCUUGCUUCCAGUCAAUCCCGACGGCACACGAGCUGUCGACCGAAGCUGGGAUCAAAAUGAAACCUGGCGUCAGAUGGAAGAGGUAUAUAAAUCUGGAAAGGUCAAGGCAAUUGGUGUUGCCAACUGGUCCAUCCCAUAUCUGGAAGAGCUCAAGAAGAAGUGGACCGUUGUCCCUGCCGUGAACCAAGUCGAGUUGCACCCUUUCCUUCCUCAGCACGCACUGAAGGGGUGGUGCGAUAAGCAAGGCAUCCUUCUCGAAGCAUACUCACCACUUGGAUCGGAAGGCGCUCCGCUCAUGUCCGAUUCCGCGAUCCAGGAAAUCGCAAAGAAGAAUGAUGUUUCGCCCGCUACCGUGCUUAUUAGCUACCACGUCAACCGGGGCGUUGUUGUACUACCGAAGUCGAUCAAGGAGAGUCGUAUCGUGAGCAACGGUCAGAUCGUUCCUCUUUCUCAGGAGGAUAUGGAUACUCUGAAUGGUCUGGCUGCACAAGGAAAGGCGAAGCGUAUCAACACACCUCUGUUUGGAUGGGAUCUCGGUUUUGAUGACUGGUAUAAGCAGUGA